ACAGUCAAUCCCAAUCCGAAGAAGCAGGAUGCAUCAAGUCGAACCGGAAUACGCGGUAGACGACAUCGCGAUCGACCUGUCCUUCGAAAACGCAGAAUUCAUCCAAGGUGAUAGCGGCGAUGAGAGUGAACAGUUGCAUGCACCCCCUCUGUCCAAGAGUACCACGAUCAAGCGUGCAUUGCAAGAAUUGAAGGAGGAGUUGGGGACAUUGUCACCGACCCAUCGUUUCGAGGAAUCGUUUGCAGCCAUCUCUGAAUACCUAGUCGACUUGGAGGGCAAAGUUCAAGACUUGACGGUACAGAAUGCCAUGAAAACAAUUGAUCUGCACAACACGCGGGAACUGUAUCGAGCCAGUGUCGAAGAAAACGAAAGGUGGGCGACGGCAAAGGCCACGCCACCGCCAACCGCAGAAGAACCGAGAAGGAUGGCGGAUGUCGCGAAUUCGCAACUCCAAGAGUACAUGGAACUCGAUUUAGAAGUGCAUCAAGCCAAGGCAGACAAGGAAAAGCUCAAGCUCGAUUACGAGCGCAUCGUGGAGACGUGUGCCCAGUUCCAGAAAGAAAUCUUGUGGUGCAAUAUCGACGUGGCCGAGGGCAAAAAGCAAUGUCUGGCCAUGUCACAACAGCUGAGCGGAACCAAGCAAUUGUAUGACGAAUCGCAACGAGAAAAUGCAGAGCUCAAGGCUCGCAUCGAGUCCAUGGCCCACGAGAAUCGAAUUCUGCAAAAGCAUAAGAAGCUCUUGGUGAGCGAGGUGAAGUCGCAGCAGAAGUAUUCGCACGUCAACAUCACAGGACUCGAACAAGACGCACAUGAGGCGCGCAUGAUGCAGAAGAGUUUAUCUGCGCAGCUCGACAGUGAACGCGCAGUACGAGAAGAGCUCAUGGUCAAGCUCAACGCGCACAGCAUCGGUGCGGUGUAGACGAUUAAAUGCGUGUAAAUAUGUUAACGCGAUGCAUUUGACUGA